AUGGUGGCAAGUGUGCUCGAUAUUGUUUCUAAAAUAUCCGUACUCCAACAUGCACCGUCGACGCACCUUCCCGCGCGGCCAGGAGAUCCGACGCCGACUUCACGGAACCUCGAUCCCCUCAUGCACCCCUUCGCCCGCGCCCGCGAACGGACGCGAGCGCUGAACGCCGUCAAAAUGGAGCGCAUGUUCGCAAAACCAUUCAUAGCGAGUCUGGAAGGGCAUGUCGAUGCCGUCGAGACCAUGGCGAGGAAACCGGAGACGCUGGAUAUUGUCGCGAGCGGUAGCUGGGAUGGAGGACUCAUUGUUCAUGAUGUCUCUCGGAGAACCAGGCUACUCCAGAUUGAAGAUGCGCACAAGGGCAAAGUUUCUGGCGUUUGCUUCGGCCAAGACGAUCGACUCUUGAGUUGCGGGGUCGACAGAAAUAUCAAGCUGUGGGAUAGCCAUAAGGGAUUCGAACAGGACGAAUCAGGGGCAGGUCCCUCUCAGCGGAAACCGAUCAGCAUAUUCCCCGGGAAGACUGCAUUCAACUCAAUAGACCACCACCGCUACGACCCCCUCUUCGCCACAGGAUCCAAUCUCGUUCAAGUGUGGGAUGAGACGAAGAGUGCGGCAAUCUCAAAUCUUACACUCCCCACAUCCACCGAGACUGUGACCGCCGUCCGAUUCAACCUCGCGGAGGCGUCGGUAUUGGCAAGCAUAGGGUCAGACCGUUCUUUCACCCUUUAUGACAUUCGCACAGGCAAGGCGGAACGGCGAAUCAUCAUGCAGAUGCGGAGCAACGCACUGUCAUGGUCCCCGACGUUCCCCACCACAGUUCUCCUUGCCUCCGAAGACCACAACCUCUACACAUUUGACAUCCGCGCCCUCAACAACCCGACACAAAUAUACAAAGCGCACGUCGCAGCUGUCAUGAGUUGUGACUGGAGCCCGACCGGCCUCGAGUUCGUCUCCGGAGGCUGGGACAGAACCGUGCGGAUCUGGAAGGAAGGCGCGGGUACACAACCUGAGGUCUACCACACAAAACGGAUGCAGCGGGUGACGUCGACACUGUACUCCGGCGACUCACGCUUCGUGCUCUCCGGCUCCGACGAUGGCAACGUGCGUAUCUGGAAAGCGCACGCAUCCGACAAACUCGGGAUCGUCACCGCGCGCGAGCGCGCGGCGAUCGAGUACCGUCAGGGCCUCAAGGCGCGCUGGAAGGGCGAUGCGGAAGUCAGCAAGAUCGCACGGACGCGGCACCUGCCUCGGCCCGUGCACAAGGCCGCGCAGCUCAAGCGGGAGAUGCUCGACGCAGCGCGUGUCAAGGAGGAGCGCCGCCGCAAGCACACGCGCGCGGGCGAGAACAAGCCCAAGGCGGCGCGCAAAAAGGUCGUUAUCGCCGAGCAGUCAUAG